UUUCUGGGUGAUCAACAUUCAAGUGCAGUACAACGCCUUAUAGUUGCUACUAUUGUUAUUGUUUUAAUCUCUGCUAUGCUUCAACGGUCAUCCUCUUUCGUUGUUAUAUGCUUUACUGUCAAGACCAUUUAAAUAUUCGUCAUUAUCAAAGACCCCCGAUUGAAGAGGAAUUAAAGGGGGAAGAGUCUAAAUGUGGUGGUAAUUUGUCCUUAUUAAAUUUAAAAAAUGAAAAAGAAGAAAAAGGGUUGUUUAACCCUAUAAAGAAGACAACAACCACCUUUGAAAAUUUAGAAAAAAAUUUGUUAAAAAAUGAAAAUGGAGGAGUUAAACGUUAUUAUAAUAACAAUAAUAAAUGUAUUUCAAAUAAAUAUUCUUUUAAAAAUAUUUUUGAUGAUGAUUAA